GCGCCCCCAAAGACUGACGGGAAUUGUAGUUCCCGCCCCUGGAGCUGCUCGGCCCCCGCAUGCCCACGCAGACUACCACUCCCGGCAUGCCUCGCGGCUCGCCGCCCAAUCGCGGCGCGCUUUGUUGCGGGGGUGCGGCACGCGCGGAGGCCCCGUUCAAGAUGGCGGACGACAGUGAAACAGCAGUGAGGCGGCCACCGGCGAGGCCUCCGCGGCCGGCGGCGGAGGAGAACGACCACGAGCAUUGCAGUGACUGCGAGAACGAGGCGGAGCAUGGCUCCAACCGGGGGGGCCUGAGUCCAGCAAAUGACAGCGGAGCCAAAAAGAAGAAAAAGAAACCCAAACGGAAGAAAGAGAAAGGAGGAGGAGACCAACCCGACCAGGCUCAGGACCAGCCAGUGAAGGUGAACUCUUUACCUGCUGAGAGGAUCCAGGAGAUUCAAAAAGCCAUUGAACUCUUCUCUGUGGGUCAGGGCCCUGCCAAAACCAUGGAGGAAGCCAGCAAGAGGAGCUACCAGUUCUGGGACACACAGCCAGUGCCCAAGUUAGGAGAAGUGGUGAACACCCAUGGCCCCGUGGAGCCAGACAAGGACAAUAUCCGCCAGGAGCCCUACACCCUGCCCCAGGGCUUCACCUGGGAUGCCCUGGACCUGGGGGAUAGAGGUGUGCUGAAGGAGCUCUACACACUGCUCAACGAGAACUACGUGGAGGACGAUGACAACAUGUUCCGGUUCGAUUACUCGCCCGAGUUCCUGCUGUGGGCACUGCGUCCCCCGGGCUGGCUGCCCCAGUGGCACUGUGGGGUCCGAGUGGUCUCCAGCAAGAAGCUGGUGGGAUUCAUCAGCGCCAUUCCAGCCACCAUCCACAUCUAUGACACAGAGAAGAAGAUGGUGGAGAUAAACUUCCUGUGUGUCCACAAAAAGCUGCGCUCCAAACGGGUGGCUCCGGUUCUGAUCCGUGAGAUCACACGGAGGGUGCAUCUAGAGGGAAUCUUCCAGGCUGUUUACACUGCAGGAGUGGUGCUGCCAAAGCCUGUGGGGACUUGUAGGUAUUGGCACCGCUCCCUGAAUCCUCGGAAGCUCAUCGAGGUCAAGUUCUCCCACCUGAGCAGGAACAUGACUAUGCAACGGACCACGAAGCUUUACCGCCUGCCCGAGACUCCCAAGACUCCCGGCUUGCGGCCCAUGGAGCACAAGGACAUCCCUGCUGUGCACAAGCUCUUGACCGAGUACCUGAAGCAGUUCCACCUGACCCCCGUGAUGAGCAGAGAGGAGGUGGAGCACUGGUUUGUACCUCAGGAGAACAUCAUCGACACCUUCGUGGUAGAGAGUGCCCCAGGAGAGGUGACAGACUUCCUGAGCUUUUACACGCUGCCCUCCACCAUCAUGAACCACCCGACUCACAAGAGCCUGAAAGCUGCUUAUUCCUUCUACAACGUUCACACCAAGACGCCUCUCAUCGACCUCAUGAGUGACGCGCUCAUCCUCGCCAAGUCGAAAGGAUUUGAUGUCUUCAAUGCACUGGAUCUUAUGGAAAACAAAACCUUCCUGGAGAAGCUGAAGUUUGGGAUCGGGGAUGGGAACCUGCAGUAUUACCUGUACAAUUGGAAGUGUCCCAGCAUGGCACCAGAGAAGGUUGGAUUGGUGCUGCAGUAAGGGAGCCCUUGCCAGGAGAGCGUGGAGGAGCCAGGCCUGUGGAGGUGCUGCCCUCAUCCUUUCUGCCAAAGCCAGACCCACGCCAGGAGAGGGGGCCUGGAGCCACCGCCCCCGCUGCCAUCAGCUGUCUCCUUGUUUGAUUUAACUGCAUCUCAUAGAGACAUGAUCGAGGGAAUGUAACUGCUGAAACUAGAUCAUGAUUGGCAUAUAAUGGAUUUAACGGGUGAAUAAUAAAAGUAUAUAUUAUAUA